AUGAGCAUCUUUACCCUUCCUUAUUACCGGACGUUCCGCCAAAACACGCUUCUGCCAAUUCUCGCUAUAGUUAGGAGCGCAAAGCUCCGGAAGGAUGAGGCCGAGCUUGCUGCCAUGCUAUCUAGCUGGCGCGAUCGUAAGCUGCAGGAGCUCUAUUUUAUCCAAGUGGCUGCUACCCUGCUCUCUGCGGCUGCGAUCGGUUGUUUAUCUUGGGAGACUCCCGAUCACGAGCACUGGGUAGGACCAGCGGCGUGGUAUUGCUCGCUGGUCCUGUCUCUUUUCUCAGUUUUGCUCUCAACAUCACAAUCCUUCAUCUUCACCACUAUUAUCCGGAAGGAGUCACGAGCCGGUACCAAGUCACAGCCACCCAUUUUCGAGCAUGAUAUUUUGAUAAUACGCCGCAUUGUCAAAAACGAGGAUUCGCUACGAUCGAUAAAUACCUCUUCUCGGACCUGA